AUGAAGAACAAUAAUAGUUACUAUCAAUCAAAUCAAAAAGACAAUGAUAAUUCAGAUAAAGGAAAUAAAGAAAAACAUCAAAAUUAUGAUAAAAAAAAUAAUGAAGAAUCACAAAAAGAAGACAAUGAAUAUGGGAAAGGAAAUGAACAAAAUAGUGAUGGAAAUUAUGAAAGAAAUAAUAAUAAUAAUAAUAACAAUAAUAAUAAUAAUCCUAAUAGAAAUAAUAAAAAGAAUAAUGAUGGUAAUAAAUCAGAUGAUAGUGAUAAUGAUGAAGAAAAUGAAGAUGAAGAAAUAAAUAAAUUUUCAUUAAAUGAAAAUAAUAAGACAAAAAAAAUUUUAUAUGGUGGUAAAAAAAUAUUUAGACCAAAUAUAAUUGUAAAAAGUGUAGGAAGUUUUAAUAAUCUAAAACAUAUUAAAAUAUGUGAUGAUGGAAAUGUUGGAUUAUUUAAUGUUACAAGAAAUACUUCAAAAAAAAUAGAAAAAAAUAAUUUUAAAAGAACAGAAUCAUUAGAAAGUAUAAAUUUUAAAAAUGAAAAAACUUUUGAAAGUACUAUAGAUAUUAAUAAAAUGGUAUUAAAACCAAUUAUUAGAAGAUUAAAUUAUACAAAAAUAAUUAAUACUUUGUUAAAAAAUAUAAAUUCACGAAAUACAGCACUUUUAUUACAAGCAUUAAGACAACAAAUAACACGUAAAGAAAGUAAAGAAGCAUCAAUUGAGGUAAUAAAAGUUUUUGCUUUUAAAGAUAUUUUAAACUUAAGGAAUGCAAAUAAUUCAAUUGUUUAUAAUAUUUUAUUACAUCAUACAUCCCAAAAUGAUAUUAUUAAAGAAGAGUUUGCAAGAUUUCUCAAUGCAAUUGCAUCAUUUAAAGUUGGAAGAACAUUUUUAAUAAAUUUUUCAUAUGGUAAAAAUUUUAUCUACCCAUCAGUAGUAGCAUUAAAAAAUAAACGUUUAGAUGAAGUAACAUCAUCUCAUAUUUUGGCAGCAAUACAAAAAGUAUCUAUAAAACAAGUUGUACAAAAAGAAUUAUUACAACAAAAUAUACUUGAUUGGUUAGUUAAAAUUAUCACAGAAGAAUGUGUUUCACCAACAUUUUUUGAUUUUGGUAUUGGUUUAAUAUUAAAUUUGGUAUUAAAUCCUUUUGUUCAAUCUCAUAUUUUUCGUAUAACACAUAAUUUAGUUGUAAUGUUAUCAACAAUAUUACAAAAAAGUCAUUUUAAAGAUAAAAAUGUCAUUUAUGGUAUAAUGUAUGUUGUAUUGGAGUUAAGAAAAGUUAGAGUGAAAGCUAAAGAAUUAAAGAUUGAUGAAAUUUUGUAUAAACAUUUAGAGGUCUCCACAACCUAUGAAGAAAAAUAUAUAAUUGCUUUCUUACUUUGUUGUUUAUAUGAAGAAUAUGACUAUGGAAAUAAGAAAGUAUAUACUUUGUCAGAAAAUGAUGAUAAUUGGGAUGAUUAUAUAGAAGCUGAGAUAGAGUCAACAGAUAGACUUCGUCCAGGAGCAUUGGAAUGUUUUGGUGAAAAACUUUUAGUAGAAAAAUAUCAAAUAAAAAAUGAUCAAAAAGAUAUUUUUUGUCAAACAUUUACAGAAAUAAAAAAAAAACCUUUUUAUAUUAAUAAUAACUCUUCAGGUAUUACAUCAAAUAAUAUUGAAAACAAAAAAUUAUCAAUUAUAUCAAAUGAUACAUUAAAUGGACAAAAUAUAUCACUAACAUCGAAAAAUAAUGUUAAAAGAAUGUCAGCAGUAAAUAAACAACAAAAACGAAAUUAUUUAAGAACAUCUCAUUCUCUUACAAGAUUUUCAACAAAAAUAAAUGAUUUAAUUAAACCACCAAAUUCAACAACAUCAUAUAAAACUUUUAUUUUAGAAAAUAAUAAAAGAAAACCAUUACUUUUACCUUGUGGUAUAAAAAGUGCAAUAAUUGAAAAUUCAAAAUUAAUAAGAGCAAAAUUAAUAUCAUUAAAUAUAUCUUUAGAAAGCGAUGAUAAUGAAAAUUCAAGUGAAACUAAAACAAACAUUUCUAAUAAAAUUGAGAUGAAGAAAUUUAUCGUUGUCCCAAAAAAAGUAAAUAUUGAAAAAUCAUUGAAUAUAGAAAAAAAGAAAAAUAUGAAGAAUUUUUCAAAUUAUAAAAAAAAUAAUGAAUUUAAUAAAGAUGGUAUUUGUAAAAAUGAGUCACUUCCAAAAAGUAAAUAUGAUAAUAUUUUACAAAUUCAAAAAAUUGAUAUUUCAACAAAUGAUUCUCCUCUUAUUGAUGUACCUUGUGAAGAAUGUGAUGUUGAUUAUAAUAGUGUUUUUUUGUCACGUCCAAAAGUUCUUCGUACACCAGAUAAAGUAAAUUUAGAUAAAACUGAAAACACAUUUUUUUCAAAAAAUUUUUAUUAA